UGAGUGGAUAGAUACAAGGGUUGAGGACACAGAAGCGCUGUUAUGUCACAGUGCACUGCCUCCUCCUGCGACCUUUCGCCUACUUUCCUCUUUCACACUGACAGCCGACGUUUGUGUUGACGGACGCCGAGCCACGAGGACCGAGGAAAUCUAAAUACAGUUGGUGGUCCUCCUGUGUCAUUUGGAAGAAAAGACUCAAAAAUGUUGAGUACCUUGGCUCGGAUCGCCCGGCCUGCUCCGCAGAGAUGCAUCUCUUCCAUGGCUUGUCAGACCGUCAGGUUUUGCCGUAGACCGGAGAAGGUUUCACAUCCACCACCUGCUCGUCUAACAUUCGUGCAGCUUCGUGGACAGCAGACUUUGGGUUCAGCCUCUCUCUCUGUGGCCAGCCAUUCUGUGAGGCAUGCCCGGGCACUGGAUGAAGAGCGGCUGGUGGAGGUUGAGUGGGAAGAUGGAGGGCAGAGCCUGUAUCCCUUCACGUGGCUGAGGGACAACUGCCAGUGCUCUCUCUGUACACUGCAAUCAGCUCAAGCCCGCAAACUGCUGAUGUCUGAUCUGGAUGUCCACAUAGACAUUGACGUGGUGGAGGUUACCAAUGACAGAAAGUUGUCCAUCGUAUGGCCUGACCAGCACACGAGUGUCUUUGAUGCGGAGUGGCUAAAGAAACGCAGCUUCUCUCUUGAGGCCAGACAAGCCAUGCAAGAAGAGCUCUUCCUCAAUGAGCGCUACUACUGGGACAGCAAAUUGCACAUUCCCACUGCCAACUACCAGGACAUCCUCAAUGACGACAAGGCCGCGCUGGCGUGGCUUGUGGCGCUGCGGCGCAUCGGUAUCGUUUACCUGAAGGGGGCUCCGGCGGAGCAAGGCCACGUGGCACGACUCGCCGAGAGGAUCGGUUACCUUCGACUGACGUUCUACGGGCAUACGUGGCAGGUUGUGGACAAGGACAUGGCCAAUAAUGUGGCCUACACCUCAGGAAAUCUCAGCCUCCACACAGACUACCCCGCAUUACACUUUGCCCCUGGAGUGCAGUUUCUGCACUGCAUCAGCCAGGCCGAAGAGGGCGGCGACAGUGAGGUGGUCGACGGUUUCCACACAGCCGAGCAGCUGCGGCGCGAAGACCCCGAGGCUUUCCACACACUCACCUCGCUCCUGGUAGACUUCACCGACAUUGGGACGGACUAUUGCGACUUCAUGCUGCAGUCCAAGAAGAGCAUCAUUGACAUUAAUGAGCAGGGUCAAGUUGUGAGGAUAAACUACAACAACGCCACCAGGGAUUCGGUGCUGGACCUCCCACUUCAUCAAGUUCAGCCCUUCUACAGAGCGCUCAAGGCCUACGUGAACAUCAUGAAGCGACCCGAGAAUGUGGUCACCUACAAGAUGGAGCCAGGUGACAUGGUGACGUUUGACAACUGGCGCCUGCUCCACGGCCGAAAGAGCUACGUCAGCAAGCCGGAUAAGGUGCGACACCUGGAGGGCGCCUACCUGGACUGGGACGAAGUAAUGUCGCGCCUCCGGAUACUCCGCAACGCCGUCAAUUAGGAUGACCCACGUCACGAAAUGAAGCCCGUGACAGUCAAGUGGCGGCACUUUAAUCUGUGCCGCCACUUGAAUCAUCUGAAUUGCCUUUUGGACACAGUUGGAGGAGAUUGAGCUUUACACUCGCAGCUUCAGUGCAACGCGCCAAUGCAACUAUUUAUGAACUGUGUUUCAUUAAACAAUUUCACAAGAUCGUCUUGAAAAAGACUUAAAAGUGGAAUCAUCUUUCAUGUAUUUGAAGAUUUUAUUUUUAACUGCAAUCACCAUGCUUGUAUUUCGAUUUUGGAGUGAAAAGAUGUCCAAUUUUAAACAGAGUGUGUCCCACACUUAAAGCUUCAGAUGGAAACGAAUUACCAGAGGUCUUCAAGGUAGUGUGUAGAAUUAUGUGCUACCUAGUGGUGAAUCAAUAAAAUGCAACGACCUUAGCUCUUACCGCGUGCAUUUCAAGCACGUGCACCAAUGUGCCUUAGAGAGCUCACACUUCACAAGCCUAUUGCUAAUUUCUUCAGCAGCAGUACAAGCAAAAUGUCCCCCGAGCCGUGUAUUCCUUGAGGUGAUGGAGUUAGCCCAAGGUAUCGGUAACAGAAAAAUGGCAGCGAAACAUGGCAGCAUCCUGUAGGGGAGGUGCGCCUAAUGCAUUAUAAUUAGUGAUUAUUUAAUUGAACAUUUAAAAAAAAAAUUUCAUGUGAUCACAUUAUUUUUGUGUAUUAUUGAAAUUACACAUUUUUUACAGUCCCUUCAAACGUCCAAAAAAGAUGUUUUGCCGUAUCCUGAUGGUAAGUUUUCUAUGCCUCACUUUUAAUGUACCGGUAUGUAAAAUUAUCUGCUCAAAUGCAAGGUAAUCAUUGCUUCCAGCACAACAUGUUAUUUAUUUUUUUGCGAUACAGUAAUUUAAGAUCAAUGAUUAGGUUGUUCAUGUAAAAAGAAAAAUCAAAACCUGUGCCUUUCUUCCUCUUGCAUUGGUCUUAAAUCAGAUGCACACUAGCUGUGGAGCCAAAUGUGCUUGUUUUACUGCAUUUACAAUAAAUCAACAUUUCAGCA